AUGACGAUGCUGCUGGACGGAGGGCCGCAGUUCCCGGCGCUGGGGGUGGGCGGCUUCGCGGCGCCCCGGCACCACGAGAUGCCGGGUCGCGACGCCGCCGCCGCCGGUAUGGGGCUGGGCCCCUUCGGGGACUCCUCGCACGCCGCCGCCUUCAAGCUGAACGCGGCCCCGCACGACCUCGCCGCCGGGCAGAGCUCGGCGUUCACGCCGCAGGCGCCGGGCUACGCCAGCGCCCUGGGCCACCACCACCACCACCACCACGCCGGCCAGGUGCCCUCGUACGGCGGGGCCGCCGCUUUCAACUCCACACGCGACUUUCUGUUCCGCAACCGCGGCUCCGGCAUCGCGGACGCCGCCUCCGGCACGGCGCAGCACGGGCUCUUCGGCGGCUCCCCCGGCGGCUUGCACGGCCCCGGCGGCAUCCCCGACACCCCGGGAUACCUGCUCUUCCCGGGGCUCCACGAGCAGAGCCCGAGCCACACGUCCCCCAACGGGCAUGUGGACAACGGGCAGAUGCACCUGGGGCUGCGCGGGGACCUCUUCGGGCGGCCGGAUCCCUACCGGGCCGUCUCCAGCCCCCGCACGGACCCUUACGCCGGCGCCCAGUUCCACAACUACAACCACAUGAACAUGAAUAUGGGCAUGAACGUGGCGGCCCACCACCACCACCAUCACCACCACGGCCCCGGGGCUUUCUUUCGGUACAUGCGCCAGCCCAUCAAGCAAGAAUUGUCCUGCAAGUGGCUCGACGAGAGCCAGCUCAGCCGGCCCAAGAAGAGCUGCGACAGGACUUUCAGCACCAUGCACGAGCUGGUGACCCAUGUCACCAUGGAGCAUGUCGGAGGGCCGGAGCAGAACAACCACAUCUGCUACUGGGACGAGUGUCCGCGGGAAGGCAAGUCCUUCAAGGCGAAAUACAAACUGGUGAACCACAUUCGGGUGCACACGGGCGAGAAGCCUUUCCCCUGCCCCUUCCCGGGCUGCGGCAAGAUCUUUGCCCGCUCCGAGAAUCUCAAGAUUCACAAGCGGACGCACACAGGUGAGAAGCCUUUCAAGUGCGAGUUUGAGGGCUGCGACAGGCGCUUCGCCAACAGCAGUGACAGGAAGAAACACAUGCACGUCCACACCUCGGACAAGCCCUACAUCUGCAAGGUGUGCGACAAAUCCUACACCCACCCCAGCUCACUUAGGAAACACAUGAAGGUGCACGAAUCCCAGGGGUCGGACUCUUCCCCUGCAGCCAGUUCGGGGUACGAGUCCUCCACCCCCCCUGCGGUGGGCUCCGCCGGCAGUAAGGACUCCACUAAAACGCCGCCGGCCGCCCUGCAGAGUAACCCCGGCCACAACCCUGGACUGCCCCCCAAUUUUAAUGAGUGGUAUGUGUGAAGGCAGCUGCUGCCCGGCCACAGACUGGACCAAAUGCAUUGGGAACGAGGAAAAAAAAAAGGACAAACCAAGCCAACUGCAGCUCGCUCCCAUGGAAAUGGAGUUUCCACACCGACGACCGCAUAGGGCUACACCUAGUUAACUGCCAGGAUCCAGAGGGGGGUCUUUUAUUAUUAUAUUAUAAUUAUUACUAUUUUUUUGCAAGCCCAGACGCUGGACUAGCCAUGUCCUUUUCUCAGGAUUAGAUUUCUUUUUUUUGUUGUCAUUUUUUUCAGUCGCAAUCGUUUCUUUGAUUUUUUUUUCCCCCCUCCUUGCCCGAGUCCUUCUUCUGCCAAUUCCCCACUAUUUUUUUAUUCCUAAUUUGUUUUGUUUUUCCUUCUUUCGGUGGGAUGUUGACAUGAGGAUGAAAAUUCUCCUUCGCCUUAGUGGUGAUUGUUUAAACUUACAGUCUUAAACCGUGCCAAAGUCCUGUUAUGUCUUGAACUUUCCUUUCUAGCUCUCCUGCUGCUUCUUUCUCUGAUCUCCUCUUUCUCCUUCUCUCUCUCCAAGCAUUACACUUGUGAAUGUAUUCUCGUCUGAUGGGGUCGGUCAGUAUUUUUCAGGAUGAGGAUGUGGUGUUUAUUCUGCCCAGAUUGUGACGUUUAGUAUAACAGUUGCCUUUUUGUAAUAACUUUUUUUGUAAAUACAUACCCAUGAUGCCAUAUUUAUCGUUCGUAAUUUAAUUAUUGAUACAAAGUGCCGGGAACUGAACAAUAUUUAUGGGGGAAAAAAAAUUGUUUUCUAACAAAAAAAAAUACAAACAAAAAAGAAAUUCCAACUCUGUACAGCUUUUGGUUAUAACUGCUUUAGCAUUAAAAGUUUAUUGUUUUGGAAAGAGCCGUUUUUGACCUCCUCCGGGGGACGGGGCAGCCGCGGGUGCCGUCGCGGGCCCGGUUGGCGCUGCCGCCGGGGCCGGGCCGUUGUUUUCGAGCUGGCGAUGCCGGGUGAAGCCGCCUCCUCGCCGCCGCUCUUUUCUCGUGUCCCUUUGUCCCCGCCCUCCGCCGCCCGGCAGUUUCGCUCCCCCGCCACCUUCCCGAGCGGACCGAGCUCGGGGCGCGGCGUCGCCGAGGGAGAGGAGCGCUGGGGGCAGCGGAGCCGCCUCGACGGGGAGGUCCCGACGGAUGUGGAAAAGCCUCCCCGUCCUCAGGAGGAAAAGGGGUCGAGCGGAGACAUCUCAUCCGAGAAACUUCUCCUCUGGCGCCACACAGGAGCUCCAAGCAACCAGAGAGACGGUGGAAACCGUCCCUCCCCGGCAAACCUCCGUGUCCCGGUGGCCCCGGCGGGCCGGACGGAGGUGCCGCAGGGAUACUCGGGUCCUCCCGCCCCGGCGGAGCGCGGCCGGUGCUCCCCUCCAGCGCGGCCAGCCCGGGCGUGCGGCUCCGCAGCUGCAUCCUCCCUCCGAUCCGCACCUCCCCUGACCGGGGGAGACCCCAGACAGGCCCCCUCUUGAACUUGACUGGGGGCACAGGGGAAGGCCGGGGUGGCCCAUCCCUCCUGCCGCUGGGGCCGCUCGGGCGAGUAACCCGCGGAGCCUUGCAUGCUUUAAAAUUCACGUUUGAACAAAUCUACCCUCUCCUUUUUCCCAAGGAAAAAAAAAAAGGGUGAAAAAAAGGUUUCUCGCACAGGAGAAAGGUGAAUCGCAGCCUCUGCAGCUGCACAUCUAAAAAAAAAAAAUAAAAAUAAAUCACUCCAGCUCCUCACUGGCCACUUAAAAUAGUUCCCUUCGAGGUGUCCCAGCUAGACGUGGAUCUCUGCUUCUUUUUUGCUGUGAAGUCUUUCUCUCGCUGUGCGCAG